AUGCCCCGCCACCGAGUCGACCGCGUACUCGUCGCCACGCUCUCCGUCGGCGCUCUAGCCACCCUCGCAGCCCCCGUCCCCUCCUCCACUUCCACCGACGCCCUCCCCUCCGCCACUCCCACGCCGUGGCGGUAUCCCGACACCGAGGAGAACGGGGUAUGCCGCCACCGGACCAAGCCCGAGUGCGUCCGCAACGCCGUCGCCUUGACCCUAGGCUCGGUGUUUGGGAUCCCGGUGCGUGAACUCUGCGCGCGUGUGUACUCGACUGAUCAGCCGCAGGUGCUUAUCCUCUUGUUCCUCCUCGUCAUGUUUCUCGUAGAGUUCCGGGGCAGGAUCGCCGCUGGGUUUCUCGCGGCGCCGUGGCAGACUGCUGCGUGGGUUGGCAGGCUCGCUGACUCGGCGUUGGGCGGUAUCGAGCGCGCUAUGAGGGCAGCCACUCGACGUAUCCCGUCUCGCCGGCCACCGCCUGUGCCACCAAAGGACGGGGAUGCCGUCGAGCUGCUGGCCAAGAAGGGAGCGGGGGCCAAGCGGUCGGGCAAGAAGAAGGACGAGGUCGAGGACGAUGACGCCGAGUCCUUCAUCACCGCGGCGCCAUCCUACCAUUCCGGUGAAUCAGCACCGACGUACACCUCCUCCCUCUUCCCGGGGUUGUACGCUCAGUCUAUUGAGCAAUUGUCCCCGAUUGAUGAACAGGUCGAGACGCUGGAGGCGUCUCUGCCGCCCGGCGCGCGCCCACCACCCCCAGUACCGCCCGUGCAUUUCGCUCCCCUUCCAGAGCGCCCCGUGCCGUGA